AUGAAUGAAGUGGUUUAUCUGGUCAUUGCUGGUAUUCCGGGGCUCUCUGUAGGAGUUAGUGUGAACGGCCAUGUGGUGUGGCGCGAAGGUUUUGGUUUCGCUAACGUAGAGAGUGGAAGCCAAUGCACGGGAGACACGGUAAUGCGCAUUGCCAGCAUCAGUAAACCCAUAACAGCGACUAUAGCUGCAAGACUUGUUCAAAGUGGCAAACUCGAUUUGGAUAAACCAAUACAGGAUUAUCUCCCAGACUUUCCCCAGAAGAAGUAUGAUGGCAAACCUGUUACAAUAUCUGUCCGUCAACUACUAUCUCAUACUGGAGGUAUACGGCACUACAAAAAGGAAAAGGUACACAUUUCUAUCCUUUUUUGA